AUUGUGGAGCAUGAGUCAGGGCCCAGACACACAACCUUUGGGCAGGCGAGACGCGAAGAGGAGAGGUCAGUGGUCAAGACUUCGGCGGCGGCUUUGGAGAUGCAGUCGGCUCGGAUGACCCCGAGUGUGGGGCGACAGCUGCUGCGCCUGGGGGCCCGAAGCUCGCGAUCUACUACUGUGCUUCAGGGACAACCCCGGCCUAUCUCUGCCCAGCGACUUUAUGCCAGGGAGGCCACUCAGGCAGUUCUGGACAAGCCAGAAACCCUCUCCUCUGAUGCUUCCACCAGAGAAAAACCAGCCAGGGCAGAAUCUAAGUCCUUUGCUGUGGGGAUGUUCAAAGGCCAGCUUACCAUUGAUCAGGUGUUCCCAUACCCAUCUGUGCUCAGUGAAGAACAGACACAAUUUCUCAAAGAGCUGGUGGGACCAGUGGCCCGGUUCUUUGAGGAAGUGAAUGACCCUGCCAAGAACGACGCCUUGGAGAAGGUGGAGGACCACACUUUGCAGGGACUCAAGGAACUGGGGGCAUUUGGUCUGCAAGUACCCAGCGAGCUGGGUGGUUUGGGCCUCUCUAAUACCCAGUAUGCUCGCUUGGCAGAGAUUGUGGGCAUGCACGACCUUGGUGUUAGCGUUACCCUGGGAGCUCAUCAGAGCAUCGGUUUCAAAGGCAUCUUGCUCUAUGGCACAAAGGCCCAGAGAGAAAAAUACCUUCCCAGAGUGGCAUCUGGGCAGGCUUUGGCUGCUUUCUGCCUAACAGAGCCCUCAAGUGGGUCCGAUGUAGCCUCCAUCAGAAGCUCAGCCAUACCCAGCCCCUGUGGAAAAUAUUACACUCUCAAUGGGAGCAAGAUCUGGAUCAGUAAUGGGGGCCUGGCCGACAUUUUCACUGUCUUUGCCAAGACGCCAAUUAAAGAUGCAGCCACGGGGGCCGUGAAAGAGAAGAUCACAGCUUUUGUAGUGGAAAGGAGCUUCGGAGGGGUUACCAAUGGGCUCCCUGAAAAGAAGAUGGGCAUCAAAGCAUCUAACACGUCAGAGGUGUACUUUGAUGGAGUGAAGGUGCCAUCAGAGAAUGUGCUAGGAGAGGUGGGAGAUGGCUUCAAGGUUGCUGUCAACAUCCUCAACAACGGAAGAUUCGGGAUGGCUGCAACCCUCGCAGGCACCAUGAAAUCCCUCAUUGCCAAGGCGGUUGAUCAUGCUACUAAUCGUACCCAGUUUGGAGACAAAAUUCACAACUUUGGAGUGAUCCAGGAAAAGCUGGCUCGGAUGGCUAUUCUGCAGUAUGUGACUGAGUCCAUGGCUUACAUGCUGAGUGCCAACAUGGACCAGGGAUUCAAAGACUUCCAGAUAGAAGCCGCCAUCAGCAAAAUCUUUUGCUCGGAGGCGGCCUGGAAAGUGGCAGAUGAGUGCAUCCAAAUAAUGGGGGGCAUGGGCUUCAUGAAGGAACCAGGGGUGGAGCGUGUGCUCCGAGAUAUUCGAAUCUUCCGGAUCUUUGAAGGGGCAAAUGACAUUCUUCGACUGUUUGUGGCUCUCCAAGGCUGUAUGGACAAAGGAAAGGAACUCACUGGGCUGGGCAAUGCCCUGAAGAACCCUUUUGGAAACGUUGGCCUCCUGAUGGGAGAAGCAGGCAAACAGCUGAGACGGAGGACAGGAAUCGGCAGUGGUUUGAGUCUGUCAGGGAUUGUCCACCCAGAGUUAAGUCGCAGUGGUGAACUGGCAGUGCAGGCUCUGGAUCAAUUUGCCACCGUGGUGGAGGCCAAGCUGGUGAAACACAAGAAAGGGAUUGUCAAUGAGCAGUUCCUGCUCCAGCGACUGGCGGACGGCGCCAUUGACCUCUAUGCCAUGGUGGUGGUGCUUUCCAGAGCCUCAAGAUCCCUGAGUGAGGGCUACCCGACGGCACAGCAUGAGAAAAUGCUCUGUGAUAGCUGGUGCAUUGAGGCUGCAACUCGGAUCCGAGAAAACAUGGCCAGUCUGCAGUCCAGCCCUCAGCAGCAGGAGCUCUUCCGGAACUUCAGAAGCAUCUCCAAGGCCAUGGUGGAGAACGGUGGCCUGGUCACCAGUAACCCGCUGGGAAUCUGAGACUCCCAUCAGGCCCUGACAAGGUCCCGUGCCUUCUCUGAUGCCAAGCCCUUAGGGUGAUGGAGUACUUACUGCCUUAACAAUAAAUUUUCUACCAAGCCA